CUCAAUUUGCAGCCCGAUAAUCGCGGCAUCCUUGUAACUUUUAUUUUCCAUCGCCUUCCACCCGGCGGUUUUAUCGAUGUUUGCAUCUCGGUCUGUUCGGUUGCACGUAAACGCGAUCCAACGAAAAAGCACGUGCGGUAGAUUCUCGAUGGUAAAAUGGGUGAUGGUAGAGGACAGUCAGAUGUUCCGCGCGCGCCAACUUAGAUGCUGAAAUUCGCCUACCUCGAUUAAUUAAAAACGGUGAUUAAAUUGGACAAGUGACAACGGGCGCAAAGUUGUUGUGUUGUAGUCUAAAAAACGUUUCGAUGCAGAAAAAAAGUGCACGGGAAUUAGUUUCGGUCUUUCGCAAUGCGUUGAUUGAACGUGAACAAUAUUGCUCUACUGGGUGUUUGGUUGUCGGUGUCGCAAUGUGCAAUUGCUGAUAUUUUUUUUCAUUUCUCCUCUGUGUGAUCUGAUGAGGUUUUCCUUGGUUUUGGAUAUACGUUUUGUGCGUACCCGCAAUGGCAUACGUUAUUUGGAGGGUCGUGAUGAAGAAGUAUUCGAAAUUUCGAAUGGGGUUGCACGGGGUUACGCCGACGUCGACGCGAGCGCUCACCUACGACGAGGAAUCGUGGAAACAAUCCCCCGAAGAUUCCCUCGCCGACGACCGAACCUCCCUCAAAUCGACCGAGCAGAGCAAAACCAAUCGGGUGAAGAACUACAUCAAGAAAUGCAAGAACGCCUUGAGCACCAGCAAAUCGGCCAGCGUCGAUCUAUCGAGCGCCUCCAGCUCUUGGUACGACGACGACAAAUCCGCCUCUAAUGUCAGAACGCACGAAACCAACGAAUUGGAGGACGUCUUCGAGGAGGCGCAGGUGCGCCUCGACGUCGGAUCCGGCACGAGCUUCUUCCAAGUGGCCAACGUGGUCGAAGUGAAAAUCCAACACGCCGACGAGCAUUCCGAUGCUCUGGAGGAACUGGUCGAAUCGGUCGUUUGCGAAGAACCAACGGACACCUCCGCUAUCUUGAACGAAACGCAAGAUCAGAAGGACGGUAGAUCCGAAGGUGGAGGAGGCGAAAAUUUGGGGUUUCCUGAUGAUGGAGAAGCCGUACCGUUGAUCAAAAGCGACGUGGAGAGCUUGGUCGACAAAUACUUCGGAGGUUUGUACAAGAAUUACGAACGUUCCAGAAAAUGUUUGGUGAGGCAAGCCAGAGACGUGCUCGUCUGCGAAUACCACGGCUGUUUGCUGAAAUUCGAGCAGGAGUUUUGCACGCAAGCCGAGAAACUCCUGCGACAUAUUAAGUAUGGGCACACCGACGAUGGUUCAGCGCCAAAGGGAUGGCCGUUGUGCGUCGGCGAAUCCGGUGUAAUAUUGCACCUAGGCCCGCUCGAUCCUUCCAAUGUGAGAAACAGGGACUGCUACAUUUGCGUUCGAAACCGCAGCGCCCCAGGUGUUGAAGUUACGCUGUUUUGGAGGCAGGACCACGAGUUACUCAGCCACACUGUGGCCCAAUUUCGAGACCCUCUAGCUCAAUCUUUAGAUGACAUAAUGUGUUCGAAUCUCAGGUCCAUAUCGGAUCUAGAAAUAACGUCGUACGACGACUACGAUGGCACCGAGCUGCCGGAAAUGCUCCAGAAUCUGCUGGUGUCCGUCGAGCACGCCAUCAAACGAGUGCCUUUAGACGAUUUGACGUUUCCUUGUCCGCAGUGCCAGCAAUUCCUGCCGUUGGACAGGCAGGACGAGGAGGCGGGCGCGUCGUGCGCGUGUCAGUGUCAGUGUCGAUUGCCCGAGCACCAGGUCCUUAAAAAGGACUCUUCGAUACAGACGAGCCCGAUGUUCGAAUUCGUCGGGUCCAUACCGCACAUCGAUAGCGACGAGGACGACGAUAAGGAAUCCGUAAAAUCAGGAAUAUUUAAUAAAAAACUGGAAAUUGCGAGACCAAAACGAAUUAGCGAACUUCCUGAUAAACUGCUUAUGUCAGGAAUAAAUCUACCAGGUACAACAGAUGCGAAUGGGAAUCCUAUUCUUCUUUGCUACGCUGAGUGCAUUACGAGAGCCGGACUGAACAAAUACGAAAUAGCCAAAUUGUUGUUGUAUUAUUCCUCAAUACCGACAUCCGAUAUUCGAGAGAAAAGCUUCACCGUUCUGCUCAUAGCCGAAAACUCCAACUACUCGAGGGCCCUCGAAAUUUUGGACAAGUCGGUUUUUCUAAUAGGCAACUCCAUAAAGGUCGAUAAAUUCUUGGUGUGGACGCCGGGCCAGAAGAGCACCAGGGAGUUCAAGAAAUUGGCCAGCAAAAUUCAGGUGAUUGUAUUGAGCGACGAAUCGUCCUUAAGCAAUUACAUUUCGAGGGAUCAGGCGCCGACGAGUUGCGGCGGUGCGUGCACGCACGACCAACUCGAAUGGGUGGAGUUCUUCAAGCAACUCGAGCCGUUCGUCGUCGAUUGCAGAGCGGCGGGAAAAUCCCUCCUGAACACGCUGUCAUUGCUCAGCAACGAGGAAGUCCCGCACCAGAUCAACCGCAAGUUCAUAAAUCACCAGUGCAGGCAAAUCACGAAAGCUUUGGAAUUCGAUAACGUGCUGAGGCUGCGAAGAGACGGCAGGAGAAUCCUGAACAGUUUGGAGGAGCGCAGCCAAUGGUUGGCGUCGAGCAGAGACGUCGAUCGAAGCAAGUCGCACGCCGUUGAAUGUUUUAACGCCGUCGAAAAAGUCACAGAUAGAUUGGAACGAUUGAAACACGACAGAAUGGACGCCAUCAAGGAACUUGCCAAGUUCAGGAAUUUACAGGAGGAGGGCGACGAGUUGCUCACGUGGACUAAAAAAAUCGGCGAGGAAACCCUGAACAGUCUAACGCUGCUCCUGCGAGCCGCAGGAGAUGCGGCUGCAGUCAAAGAGGUCGCCAACGAUUUCGAGAAGUUCUUCUUCAACGCAUGGCGGCAAAUCGAAAAGUCGAAUGACCUGUUUGAAGAAUGCAAGAACAUAAUGGACCCGAAGGGCCAGGAAGUGAAAGAGUUCUUCGGCAACUUGAACAUCCAAAUGAAGGCGUUUAGAGAGAAGCUGGAGGACACCAGGGAGAAGAUAGAGGACAGUUCCAGGUGCUUCCAGUUGCUGGACACGUGCCAGAAUCUCCUGGACGUCGAGAGCAAGGAGCAGGCCGAGUUCCUGCGACUGACCCAGAAUUCCUCCAACGAUAAACUGAUGAACUUGUAUCGGACCGUCAAGAAGUCCAGCAGCUUCGUUAGCAAUCCCAACCAACCGCCGGACAAGCCGAAGCAGCCCCAACACCAACACCAGCACCAGCACCAGCACCAGGACCUCAGCCCGCAGUACUCCACGCUGGAGAUAUCGGCCUCCAGUACGCCCGUCAAGCAAUCGACGCAAUCCAGAAGGCGAUCGGUCAGCUCGUUGGCCUUCAUCUACCACUGCAACCAUCACGCCGCCGGCGAAAUGUGCAACUGCUGCGAAUCCGACACCGAGAGCAGCGUCUCCUACAAGCUGCGCAAGAAGUACAUCCAAACCUUGCAGAACUGCAGCUGCCCCGCCAAGGACUCCUUGGAGCGGAAGAACAGCGGCACGUUGGGCGGCAUCAAAGAGGAGAGCGUCGAGGACAUCCUCGAGAAGAUCGACUCGGAUUGCAACCGAUGCGACAGCGGCGUCUCCACCGCCGAGAACUCCGUCGGCGACGAGAUCAGCUACAACAAGAAGAAGCUGCAGCGCACCUGCUCGUGCCCGUACUUCAGGGAGAGCUGCAUACUGUGCGGCGGCGGCAGCUCGAGCGCCGGCUCCAACCAGGACAACACCGAGAACCAGCAGGACAGCAUUAUCGAAGAAUGCAGCGACGGAUUUAUUAAAAGCGGCAGCAGCGAUGAUAUCGAAGAGGACCAUUACACUGAAGAGAGGAAGAGCGUGCCGCCGGUGUUGGCUAAUAACCACCUCUACUGUCACUCGUCCACGUUGGACAUACCAUUAGAUGCCUUAUACCACAACAUGGAUCCGAAAACUAAAAAGACACUUACGUUCAUCGUAAAGGAAAUGAUCGAAACCGAACGCGACUACGUCAAAUCCUUAGAUUAUAUCAUAAUAAAUUACAUACCGGAGCUGCAACGGGAGGACAUCCCGCAGGCGUUGCGCGGCCAACGGAACACAGUAUUCGGAAACGUGGAGAAAAUCUACGAAUUCCACAGCAGGCACUUUUUAGGCGAACUGGAAGAUUGCAUCAACAAUCCCCUGCAAGUCGGCCAGAUAUUCCUCAAAUACGACAAGCGCUUCUACCUGUACGCGCUCUACAACAAGAACAAACCGAAAUCCGACUCGCUGAUGUCCGAAUACGGUUCGGCGUUUUUCAAGAGCAAGCAACUGGAGCUGGGCGACAAGAUGGACCUGGCCAGCUACCUGCUGAAGCCGGUGCAGCGCAUGGGCAAGUACGCGCUGCUGCUGCAGCAGAUGAUCAAGGCCUGCACGGCCUCGUACAGCAACGCCAGCGACAGGGGCAGCCAGGAGAUCGACGAUUUGAAGCAGGCCGAGGAGAUGGUGCGCUUCCAGCUCAGGCACGGCAACGAUCUGAUGGCCAUGGACUCCAUCAGGGAAUGCGAUGUGAAUCUAAAGGAGCAAGGACGACUUUUGAGGCAGAACGAAUUUUUAGUUUGGGAAGGACGUACUGGUAAAAAAUCCUUGAGGCAGGUGUUUCUAUUCGAAGAACUGAUACUGUUUAGUAAAGCUAGAAGAUUUCCCGACCGUAAGAAUCUCGAUUUGUACAUUUAUAAAAACAGCAUCAAAAUGACUGACAUUGGAUUGACUGCCAAGGUGGGAGACAGUCCGACCAAAUUCGAAAUAUGGUUCAGGAAACGGAAACCGAACGAUACGUUUACAUUGCAGUCGAUGACCGAAGAGGUGAAGAAAAUAUGGACGGAGGAAUUGUCACAACUCCUCUGGCGACAGGCGAUCAAAAACAGAGCUGUUCGAAUGGCGGAAAUGUCUUCGAUGGGUAUCGGCAACAAACCGUGUUUGGACAUAAGACCAAGUGAUAAUCAAAUUAGCGACAGGUCGAUAAGCAUAGCUCAAUUGAGCCGAAAUGUGCCGAGGUUCCGCGGCGCGACGGCGACGCCGGUGAUCGAGAGCUGCAGGCCGGCGGCGAGGCCGCAGUCGGUGAUAUCGAUGUCGAGCGUCUCGUCGAGCAGCACCAGUUCGGGAGGAUCUGCGGGCGCCCCUGCCGGAGCGAACACGGGCCCGCUGGGCCUGGCGUACGAGAACUCCUGCGAGAGCGCCCAGGCCUACCACAAGUCGUCGACGUUGAAUAGCCAAUGCUCUGUAGGUGAGUGGCGGGUAUUCGGAAUGUUCGCGAGAAAGGUGGAAUUUUGUUUUCUUGCGCUUCGUGGAAUUGUUGCGAGAUGAUCGACGAAGAGUUUCGCAUAUUUGGUGGUUUUUUUUUUUGGGAAUUUUUGGUGUUGACUAAUGGAUUGUUUUUGGGUUACAGAAAGCGGUAUCAUAGCUGACAUGUCUGUGGGCUCCGAUGAAUUCUCCGAACCUGCACCGACGGGCCUUUAAUUCCGCAGGAAAAUCAACGGAAAAAAGAAUAUACUAAUGAUAUAGAAAACAAAGAAAAAUCUUUUUAUAUUUAUAUAUUUUUUAUAAUUUGUUUUUUGGCUGUUUUAAGUCAACAUACACCAUGUGCCAGGUUAUAUUCUAAUUAGUGUUUAAGUGGAUUUUUAAUUAUCGGUUUCCGGAUUUCCCAAUUAAAAUUCGAAAUUAUUUUGUAAAUAAUUUAAGCACGAAAAACAGUUUAUUCGUUUCGCCGUUUCUUAUUGUACCGUGCGUGUUUUUUCUGUAUAGGAAUCGUUCCGUAAGAUUUUAUUUUAUUAGCGAAUAAUAGAGUACCUUAUUAUCCAGAAAAAAAUUUAUAUAAUUUUAAUCUUUAUUAUCGAAUACCAAUUAAUUUAUUAUUUUUCUUUAGUGUGUACUUAAGGAUAGGAGGAGUCGACUAACAUAAAAUGAAAGAUAGUAUCAGGGAAUUAUCGAUCGCGCUUUUUUUUUGUAAAUAUACAAUAUUUAAAAAAAAUAAAUUCCGUUAGAUAAACACUUGAUCACUAAUACAAAAAAACAGUUUUCUUUUUGUAAAUGCAUGAAUUUUUUAUAUUAUACAGUGUAGUCAUGUACGAAAUUAUUGGAAAAUAUAAAUAUUAUAUGAUGAAUUUUAUUAACUUUUUUUCACCUUAUAUAUCCUUUUUAUAGCAGGAAUAUUUAUUACCAGGCGAUCGUAACUCCAUCUAGUUUAUUUUAGUUGUAUCACAAGUCUCUGGAAAAUCGAUACAGUCCCUGCCAUAGAGAUAUCUUUUCUGGCUGUAAUUUCCUUUAAUCCUGCUUAGCGAUAGAUCCAUUUUAUUUUCGAUGUUUUUCCAUCAAAUGUUUGUAAACAAUUAGACUAACAAUGUGAGUAAUAAUAAUGGAAAAUAAAUACAACCUACGUGCAUGUAUAAACGAAAUUCAAUCUCAUUAGAGAGCCGUAAACCAUAU